ACAUGGCUCUAGCUUCUAGUAUUGUUCAAGUCGACGGCAGAUCGUGAGGACUGGCUGUCAGUUGUGAUGUGACAGAACUGCACUCUGAUUUAAAACUGUACAGUUCAUAUUAACCAGUUAGCUUACAAUAGUCUAACAAGGAAGGAAUUUUAAGUGAAGGCGACAGUUGCACUUAGUGCUAACGUUAGCAGUCCUGUCAGACUUGGCGACGAAGCAAACAACGAAGUGCUGUUUUAUCUCUCACGGGUGAAAUUAACGUUCACUGAGGAAACAUCAUUGUUUUGAAGAGGAGUGAAACGUGACUCGUGGACACGGGCAUCUUGUUGAAGAAGACACGUUAUAAGGACUAACAGUUUUGUGUUGACAUUUGGGUUGCAUCUUUAUUUUUUUUAUGUUAACAUUGACAUUGAAUUAGCUCGCUGGUGUUGGCUAGUGUCAUUGGUUGCUAGAACCUGUUUAUUUUAGCUAGAAGCAAGUUAAAUUAUUCCGUAUCACCAAACAAGGUAACGUUAUUUCCAUAUUAUUGCUAGCAUGUUUGCAGAGACUUAUGGGCAGCAGCGAUGACGCUAGGUGUAGCCACAGGGUUAUGUCACUGCCAGGCUAACAGAUAGCUCGGUGUCUGCAGCUGAUUUCAAUCUUUGCAUAGUCAUGUACAGCAGGGUUGACAUCAUGUAGACUGUCCCUCUGAAUAGGUUUAGGUGACCGGGGAGACACAGUGUGUUAGUGAGCCUCCUUGGAGAGUAAUGCAAAGCUGGAUUGCAGCUAUCCAACUGGGUCAGAGACUGACAGCUGGCACUGAUACAGUUUAGCUCAGGAUUGUUGCUAGCCAAAGCCGUCUGUUCUGUGUGAUAUUACAAACAUCUCAACCCACUUAGUAUACGUGUGAGUGCAUCAUGUCCUGGUUGCAUCUCUUAUUUAUGCAAUAAGGCACAUCAGAACAGCCUGUCAUGAAAUAAAUCCGCAGUGCCAGAAGCAGCAUCGCCAGGACUGAGUGGAUAAUUUGCUCCGGGAUUAUUUUCUGAAAAGGAGAGCAAACGUUCAAGGCUAUCCACCAGUACCCAGCAUCAGCCGGACCAUCAGCCGGACCAUCAGCCGGACCAUCAGCCCAUCACAAUGGAGACUGUAGGAGAUUUUGAAUACAGCAGAAAAGACCUGGUUGGACAUGGAGCCUUUGCUGUGGUGUUCAAAGGAAGGCAUAGGAAGAAGACAGAUUGGGAGGUGGCCAUCAAGAGCAUUAACAAGAAGAACCUGUCCAAGUCCCAGAUCCUGCUUGGCAAGGAAAUCAAAAUCCUGAAGGAACUGCAGCAUGAAAACAUUGUGGCUCUUUAUGAUGUCCAGGAAACACCCAACUUUGUUUUCCUGGUCAUGGAGUACUGUAACGGAGGUGAUCUUGCCGACUAUCUGCAAGCUAAAGGGAUGCUGAGAGAAGAUACACUGAGAGUUUUCCUCCAGCAAAUUGCUGCUGCCAUGCGCAUCCUCAACAGCAAAGGAAUCAUUCACCGUGACCUGAAACCUCAGAACAUCCUGUUGUCGUAUGUGGGUCGCAAGAAGUCCAACAUCAGUUGCAUCCGCAUCAAAAUAGCUGACUUUGGCUUUGCACGGUACCUGCAGAGCAACAUGAUGGCAGCCACUCUAUGUGGGUCACCCAUGUACAUGGCCCCAGAGGUCAUCAUGUCCCAGAACUAUGAUGCCAAGGCAGACCUGUGGAGCAUAGGGACAGUCAUCUACCAGUGUCUGGUCGGCAAGCCCCCAUUCCAGGCCAAUAGUCCUCAAGACCUGAGGAUGUUUUAUGAGAAGAACAAGAAUCUACAACCAAUUAUCCCAAGGGAGACAUCUUCACAACUUAGUGACCUUUUGCUUGGUCUGCUGCAGAGGAAUCAGAAAGACAGGAUGGACUUUGAGGCAUUUUUCAGCCAUCCUUUCCUGGAGCCAUCUUCCACCAUUAAAAAAUCGUGUCCAGUGCCGGUCCCCAGCACCUCCAGUGCAGUGACAGACAGUUCCUGUGGCAGCUCCCCGUGCAUCCGCUACAACUCCCCUCCUUCUCUUCCAGACAUGCAGACACUGGCAGAAGAUGGUCUAUCAUCCCCUCCGCUCGGCCCGCCCAACUUCCUGCAGCUGUCCAAAGAGUCCGCAGGAAGCACCAGCAGUAAGAACUCCUCCUGUGACACUGACGACUUUGUCCUGGUGCCUCACAUCUCCGCUGACAGCUAUGACCAGCCAAUGGGAGUGGCUCGCCGUCCGUCGAGCGAGUUCCUCAUGUGUGGAGGGCAGCCACAACCAACCUCUGGACAGACCCCCAUGGUGUCCCCACGGGCUGAGACAACCCCCAUCCCUGUUCCCACCCAGAUCCGAAACUACCAGCGCAUCAAGCAAAACCUAUCUAGUAGCCCGACCACCACAAUGUACAGCUCCCCAAGGUCUGGCACUGUGAGACGCUCCAACACUAGUCCUAUGGGGUUUCCCAAGGUGGGCUCAGGGUCCCCCAGCUCUGCAGACGUCCCUCAGACAGUAGGCAGGCGUCUCUCGACUGGCAGCUCCCGACCCUACUCCCCCUCACCUCUUGUGGGCACCAUCCCCGAGCAGCUGGGUCACUGCUGCUGUCACCUGCAGAACCACGAGCCUCGCAGCCGCAGCUCCUCAGGAGGUUCCCCCGUCCCAUCCUCUCAGCUCCUGGGGGCUCGGCUCCAGAGUGCUCCCACCCUGACCGAGGCCUACCAGACCAGGCAGAAACUCCACAAGCAGUUGUCAGACCCUGUUCAGCCAUCCUCCUCCUGCAGCCACUCCCCUCAGCUUGGCCGACCGGCCAACCUCGGCUCCUCUCCCACCAAGCUCUUAGGCUCUUCCCCCCGCACGUCCGACUGGCUGCAGAAGUCUCCACUGCCCACCAUCAUUGGCUCCCCAACAAAGACCAUUUCAGCACCGUUCAAGAUCCCCAAAACGCAGGCAUCCUGCAAUUUGAUGGCGCUGGCGGACAGCCCUGUGCCCACCAAGAUGUUGGCAGAUGCUCGGGAUAUCUGUGCACACCACUGUAGCCCAUACCUCACCGGACGCCCAGCUGCCCCUGAGGCCAGCAGGACCUUUGGCAGAUCUGUGAGUACGGGUCGUCUGUCUGAGCAGCCAAUCAGAAUCACUCUGGGUGGACAGGCCUAUCAAGGCAGCACUGACAGCUUGAACACAGAGCGACCCAUGGACACAGCCCCUGCAGGUCCCAGUGGACUGGCUCAGGGUGGGUCAGCGAGUCCCCGUACUGUCCUUUUCACGGUGGGUUCGCCACCCAACAGCAGCACACCUCCUACCUGCAGUCAUCUGGGCACAAGACCACGCACCACCUCAGUGGGCUCCAACAGUUCAGCUGGCUCCCUAUGCUCCACCAGUGGUCGGGUCUAUGUUGGAUCUCCUCCAGGCAUGGCCAUGGGCUCCUCGCCUCCAGGAGGAUUUUUGGGAGGGCAGAUUGUUCCUGGGGCUGAGGGGGCACCCAGUAGCCUACGCUACGUCCCCUAUGGGACAUCCCCUCCCAGCUUGGAGGGAUUCAUCACAUUUGAAGCCCCUGAGCUGCCUGAAGAGACCCUCAUGGAGCGUGAGCAUACAGACACUCUGAUGCACCUACGGAUGAUGCUUUCAUUCACCGACUGCGUCCUGGAGAUGGCGGCAGUUCGAGCAGGAGGGACAGAGCUUGGUGUGUCGGCUGCCUCCAUCUACCCUCCCCAGGACAGUGUGGUUGUGGACCAGAUCAGCCAACUCAGCAAAGAGUGGGGGCAGGUGGAGCAGUUAGUGCUUUAUAUGAAGGCAGCCCAGCUCCUGGCUUCCUCCCUCCAUCUGGCUAAGGCUCAGAUUAAAUCGGCCAAACUCAAUCCUUCCACUGCUGUCAAACAGGUGGUGAAGAAUCUGAACGAGCGUUACAAAAGCUGCAUCUCCCUCUGCCGACGGCUGACUGACAAACUCAACCACUUCUUCUCUGAUAAGCAGCGCUUUGUGGACGAGAUUAACAGCGUCACAGCGGAGAAGCUCAUCUACAAUCACGCUGUGGAGAUGGUUCAGUCAGCAGCUCUGGAUGAGAUGUUUAAGCAGACAGAAGAUAUAGCCUACCGCUACAGCAAGGCCGCCAUGCUGCUGGACGGCCUGUCCAAGAUCCUACAGGACCCCACUGACAUUGAGAACGUGGUCAAGUACAAGGCAAGUGUGGACCGCAGGAUCUCAGCCCUCUGCUACUGCACUGUCACACUGUACGAGUAGCAGCCCUCACACUGACAUACACACACACACACACACAGGGACCACGUCCUAAGACUGUUGACUACCAUCCUCACCAAGCCGCUGUUCUCUCUUGUAGCAGUUCAAGCACUUUUUAUUUCAUAGGUUUCAUCUGUAUUCACCAUCAGUUAGUUUUCCUGGCUGCAUCACAGACUGAACUGUGACAAGCGACUGCUUCACAAAUUUACAACCAAAGAUGACAUGGAUCCAGAAACAAAAGGCUGAAACCGGAUGAGGACAUAAUGCAUGCACUUUUAAGUGCAUUUUUUUUCUUACGCUACAGUGGUGGAAAACCGUCUCAUCAUCAUAUAUAAAAACAAAAAAACUUAUGUCCAUCUUCGAGGAUAUCGUCUGUUUUUUUACCAGAGGUAAAAGAAGAUGGACGGGACUGUAACACAGCGUGGGAUUUAAGAGACUUCUUCUCCCCAUGAAGCAGUUCAUCUUUUUAAAUUCCUGCUUACUAUGUGAUAUCAGUGGUUAUUUACUCUGUGUUUAAGUUGUUAUUGUUCUUAUUUAUUGGUUCAGAAGGGCAUGGAUGUCUGAGUCUCCUGCAUGUCUUGAAAACCUCAAGUAUUGGAGUGGAAGGAAAAGUAUGAAAUUAGCAAAAGGCUUGCGGCCAAUCACUGUAACAAAUCCAACUCCCAAACAGUAUGGACUUUGAUUUAAAAACACAACCUCCUGUUACAGAAGCUAGACAGCCGGGCGAGCAAAGGAAGCAGUAGAUUUGUAAUUGCUUUGUUUUUAUUUUUCUUGUCUUGUUAGCUCAAGCACUUUAUUGUGGAUUGGGAGGAGGAGGAGGAGGAGGAGAUGAGUAUCUGUACAAGUACUGAAGGUAGUGAUGUGAAAGCGGGCCAAGGGUUUCCUGCUCUCACCCUCAAAGGUUACCUGUUCUGAAUGCAGGGUCAACACGUCUAAAAAAAAUGCAUACAUUUCCCAUAAGGCAGAGCAACCAGGGAAACUCAGGACAGCCAAAACACACUGGCUACAACUUUUCAGGACCUCUGCUGUUUGAGAUCAACUAGAAGGUUAACAGAACCACUUUACUCUUGCGUGUAAAUUUAUUAAAUUAAUGCAGUAGUUCUUCAACAUCAGCAUAAUUUAUUAAAAAUACUUGUAGAAACUGACAGAUGCUUGUCACAUUGUUUCCCUUGUUAUUCAGUUUUAUAGGAGUGUAACAGACCCACGGUUACUCGCGGUGAGGAUGGGGGUAAAGGUAUAUCUGAGGCGACAGCAGCUCACUCUGCUCACAUUGCCAGAAGGUGUGUAAGCUUGGAGAUUCAGAAGAACUUGAGCUCCUCUGCGGUGAUGACAGGCCUUUCUCCUGUCGCCACGGCAGUGCUCAACAGCCAUUCAAACGUCCACUUUAAACCCUGAUGGAGUUAACUGUGAAACUGAAUGGUCAUAUUACUUGACAAGUUACCUUAAUAAUACUUUUCAUUUUAAUUAAAUACGACAGCUUUUAUGUUCAGUCAUUUAUCUGUAGCUAUUUUUUAACAAAACUUGAUGUUUGCAAACUUGUAUAUAUUUGUAUAUGGUGCAUGUGAUUAUUCCUUUCCCUUCUUUUUGGGAGGGGCGUGAGUGUGUAUGAGAUCACAGUUUGCGUUUUGGUGGGCGUCGAUGAUACCAUCGGAUGCCCUGCCUGUCAGUCAAAGAGCACAAAUCUUUAUAUGUACAUAGAUGAAUUUGAUACGUUUCCUUCGUGUCUGCCAAGGGUUUGAUAGGGAAACCUAUUUUGGCGCAACAGGGGUGUGCCAAAGAAUAAAAUAUAACUCAUGGCAGCUCCAAAACUUUCCAGAGAACUCUUUCUACCAGGACUGUUCAUUGUUAAGCUCAAGACACACAUAUUUGUUCAGUGGAUCUCAUGAAAUUUUCUGAAAUGAGUCUGAUUUCAGAUUUCACACUCAUUUUCCAAAAUUUUGUGAUACUUUGAUUUGUCACAAUCUGUACUGCCUAGCAUCCACUCAGUCCCUCUGCCUCCCCUCAAGUUGUCUGCUGUGUUCCCAACAAUGUAUGUACUGUAUGUUUGUAUGAGUGUAUAUAUACACACACACACGUGUACCUGCCAGGUGUGCAUUAAGGCCAGUAGUAUACAGUUAAUGAUGGAAAGGGAGGUGCCUUCUUGUGAAAACAGGCGUAGGCCUACUCCUCUGUACAAGUGUUAAUACAUUCUUUUUCUGUGUAAAAAUGUGUAUAAAUGCAUUCACAGGCACCCAGCGCCUGUUUCUCUGAUGUACUGUUCUUUUCCUAAACAUAUCGGGGUUUCAGUUUCCCUCGUCCUUGUCAUGAGCACUCUGAACCACACGAAGCCUUUUACUGCACACAGAGUGAAGGGGGACAAAUAAAGCUGGUGGAAACCCACAUGAAUUUUUUCUCUGUACCGUUUUGUUCAUGGACUGGUUUAGAUAACGCAUGGGUACCGAGUCUGCAUUUUGCCCCAUAGAACCUCUAGAACCUUGAAUGUAUGUACCCUGUUGUUUUGCGCCUCUCCAACUUGAUCUGAUGCAUUUUGAAGAACCCUGCUGUCAAUCACCACCCUGAAAAUGCAACACUUUCCAAGCACCAAUUUUUCAAAGAGAAAUGUCAAUGUUAUACUUGUGUCUCUCACCAAGGGGUGUCUCUCUUUGUUCUUUAUGGAACACAAAUACAGUAUUUGUUAUUAAAAAGAGAAAAAAAUAAAGUCUUGCAGUGUGCUAAUU